AUGCGCUGGGGCGUCCGGGGAGAGCAUCGCGACGCUCUGGGGCGUCCGGGGAGAGCAUCGCGACGCUCUGGGGCGUCCGGGGAGAGCAUCGCGACGCUCUGGGGCGUCCGGGUAGAGCAUCGCGACGCGGUGGGGCGUCCGGGGAGAGCAUCGCGACGCUCUGGAGCGUCCGGGGAGAGCAUCGCGACGCUCUGGGGCGUCCGGAGCAUCGCGACGCACUGGGGCGUCCGGGGAGAGCAUCGCGACGCUCUGGGGCGUACGGGGAGAGCAUCGCGACGCUCUGGGGCGUCAGGGGAGAGCAUCGCGACGCUCUGGGGCGUCCGAGGAGAGCAUCGCGAUGCUCUGGGGCGUCCGGGGAGAGCAUCGCGAUGCUUUGGGGCGUCCGGGGAGAGCAUCGCGAUGCUCUCCCGCUUUCCUUUACCCCGCCCCAUUCUCCCUCCUUCCAUCACCCCGCCCCAUUCUCCCUCCUUCCAUCUCCCCGCCCCAUUCUCCCGCUUUCCAUCACCCCGCCCCAUUCUCCCGCUUUCCCUCACCCCGCCCCAUUCUCCCGCUCUCCAUUACCCCGCCCCAUUCUCCCGCUUUCCAUCACCCCGCCCCAUUCUCCCGCUUUCCAUCACCCCGCCCUUUUCUCCUGCUUUCCAUCACCCUGCCCCAUUCUCCCGCUUUCCAUCACCCCGCCCCAUUUUCCCGCUUUCCAUCACCCCGCCCCAUUCUCCCGCUUUCCAUCACCCGCCCCAUUCUCCCGCCUUCCAUCACCCCGCCCCAUUCUCCCUCCUUCCAUCACCCCGCCCCAUUCUCCCGCCUUCCAUCACCCCACCCAAUUCUCCCGCUUUCCAUCACCCCGCCCCAUUCUCCCGCUUUCCAUCACCCCGCCCCAUUCUCCCGCUUUCCACCACCUUGCCCCAUUCUCCCGCUUUCCAUCACCCCGCCCCAUUCUCCCACUUUCCAUCACCCAGCCCCAUUCUCCCUCCUUCCAUCACCCCGCCCCAUUCUCCCGCUUUCCAUCACCCCACCCCAUUCUCCCUCCUUCCAUCACCCCGCCCCAUUAUCCCUCCUUCCAUCACCCCGCCCCAUUCUCCUGCUUUCCAUCACCCCGCCCCGUUCUCCCUCCUUCCAUCACCGCGCCCCAUUCUCCCUCCUUCCAUCACCCCGCCCCAUUCUCCCGCUUUCCAUCACCCCGCCCCAUUCUCCCGCUUUCCAUCGCCCCAUUCUCCCGCUUUCCAUCACCCCGCCCCAUUCUCCUGCUUUCCAUCACCCCGCCCCAUUCUCCCGCUUUCCAUCACCCCGCCCCAUUCUCCCGCUUUCCAUCACCUUGCCCCAUUCUCCCUCCUUCCAUCACCCCGCCCCAUUCUCCCGCUUUCCAUCACCCCCCCACAUUCUCCCUCCUUCCAUCACCCCGCCCCAUUCUCCCUCCUUCCAUCACCCCGCCCCAUUCUCCCUCUUUCCAUCACCCCGCCCCAUUCUCCCGCUUUCCAUCUCCCCGCCCCAUUCUCCCUCCUUCCGCCCCAUUCUCCCUCCUUCCAUCACCCCGCCCCAUUCUCCCGCUUUCCAUCACCCCGCCCCAUUCUCCCGCUUUCCAUCACCCCGCCCCAUUCUCCCGCUUUCCAUCACCCCGCCCCAUUCUCCCGCUUUCCAUCACCCCGCCCCAUUCUCCCUCCUUCCAUCAACCCGUCCCAUUCUCCCUCCUUCCAUCACCCCGCCCCAUUCUCCAGCUUUCCAUCACCCCGCCCCAUUCUCCCGCUUUCCAUCACCCCGCCCCAUUCUCCUUCCUUCCAUCACCCCGCCCCAUUCUCCCGCUUUCCAUCACCCCGCCCCAUUCUCCCGCUUUCCAUCACCGUGCCCCAUUCUCCCGCUUUCCAUCACCCUACCCCAUUCUCCCGCUUUCCAUCACCCCGUCCCAUUCUCCCGCUUUUCAUCACCCCGCCCCAUUCUCCCUUCUUCCAUCACCCCGCCCCAUUCUCCCGCUUUCCAUCACCCCGCCCCAUUCUCCCGCUUUCCAUCGCCCCGCCCCAUUCUCCCGCCUUCCAUCACCCCGCCCCAUUCUCCCGCUUUCCAUCACCCCGCCCCAUUCUCCCGCUUUCCAUCACCGCGCCCCCUUCUCCCGCUUACCAUCACCCCGCCCCAUUCUCCCGCUUUCCAUCACCUCGCCCCAUCUCCCGCUUUCCAUCACCCCGCCCCAUUCUCCCUCCUUCCAUCACCCCGUCCCAUUCUCCCUCCUUCCAUCAACCCGCCCCAUUCUCCCGCUUUCCAUCACCCUGCCCCAUUCUCCCUGCUUCCAUCACCUUUCCCCAUUCUCCCUCCUUCCAUCACCCCGCCCCAUUCUCCCUCUUUCCAUCACCCCGCCCCAUUCUCCCGCUUUCCAUCUCCCCGCCCCAUUCUCCCUCCUUCCGCCCCAUUCUCCCUCCUUCCAUCACCCCGCCCCAUUCUCCCGCUUUCCAUCACCCCGCCCCAUUCUCCCGCUUUCCAUCACCCCGCCCCAUUCUCCCGCUUUCCAUCACCCCGCCCCAUUCUCCCGCUUUCCAUCACCCCGCCCCAUUCCCCCUCCCCGCCCCAUUCUCCCGCUUUCCAUCACCCCGCCCCAUUCUCCUUCCUUCCAUCACCCCGCCCCAUUCUCCCGCUUUCCAUCACCCCGCCCCAUUCUCCCGCUUUUCAUCACCCCGCCCCAUUCUCCCUUCUUCCAUCACCCCGCCCCAUUCUCCCGUUUUCCAUCACCCCGCUGUUGAAUGCACGUCAUUCUGA